UUUUCAGGAAUUGAACAAGAUUGCAGAAGAAAUGGGAGAAAAUACUGUUAAGGAGCUCAUUUUCAAGUGUGGUGUAUGCCAGCAAGGUUUUGAAGAUAUUUUCUUGUAUUUUAAACACUUUUCAGAACAUAAACAAGUGACAUUUCAAGAAUGUUUCCAUCUCUGUGAGACCAGUAAUAAAUGGAAACACAGUCUAGAUUAUUGUAUGCACUGUCUGGAGUUAACUGAUACAGAGCCGUUCACAUGCCAGGUGUGUUUGAAAUCAUUCAAGACAAUGUGUAUGUUGCAUAGACAUAUUGUGGAUAACCAUCCAAAAAUCAUCUCUUAUGAUAUUGAUAUAGAGGCAAGAACAGCCAGGGCAGAUUUGGAAGAUGGGUCUGGCGAUUUAGCAGAAGAGAUAUCUGAAACAGCGACAGAUGAAGUUAAACAAGAGAUAGGUGUUGUUCCAUUUGUUUGCUAUUUUUGCAACAGUGGCCAUACAAGGGUUGUUGAUUUUUUAAAACAUUUACAAACUCAUGGUAGAUUUAAGUUUAACAAAUGUUUCCAUCUAUGUGACAUUGAGGAAUUAGAUGAGCAAAUUAAAGAAACAAACAAAAUAGACAAGUUUUUAUGCCGUACAUGUGGUACAUGGUAUCAGAGUAUGUGCCUUGUUUUCAAACACUUUUCUUGUAAAAAGUCGUGUAAGUCAUAUACAGUUUCACUUCAUAAUAAAACUGUAUAUGUAGGUUCUCAACAGUGUUUGGAUGUAAAAAGUAAAUUUGUGGGAAACAAAUUGUCCCCCAAAGAAAGAUUGAAGGAAACUAGAAAAGAGUUUCAAGAGAAAAGAAUGUGUUUUGUUCUAUUAGAAGACUGUGCAGGUUUAAUCACAAAGUCUGGCAUAGAAAAAGUUCCUUCAACUUCUCCGAUACCAUUAAGUGAACAAGAAGCUCGGGAGCAUUCAUCACAUGAUAGACUGUCUUCGGUAUUAGAAGAUGGAUUCUCCAAAAGCGUUACCGAUGAUAAAGGAUUUGAGGGUACGAAACAGCAGUUUGAAUCUGAUUCUAAAAGACUGAUAGUGAACUUUAGUUCAGAAAUGAGCACUGAUGAUGGAAAUGAAGAAGGAUCAAAGAAUGGAAGUUCUGGCAAGGGAGAACAAAUAGAAUCUGAGUGUCAUGAAAAUACAAGUAAAUUACAAAGACAAGCUACACUUGGAAGGCCACGAAAAAACUUUUUCAAAUCAUCGUUUGUACGGAAAAUGCAGUAUUAUGAACGGAAAAAGAAGCUUCUGAGUCAGCCGACUAUAUGUCAGCUUUGUGGUAUAAAAUUAAAAAAGAUGUGUAUUAAGAGACACAUGAAACUUGUGCAUUCUGACACUGGGCCUGCAACAUGUGAAAAAUGUGGAAAAGUAUUUUCCUGUAAAUAUUACUGUGAGAGGCAUAUCAGCUACAUCCACUCGAAUAAAGUGUAUGUUUGUGACGAGUGUGGAAAAACAUUUAAGGUGAAGGUUUAUUUAAAGAAUCAUAAGGAAUCCCACAACAAGGAGAGAAUAUACAAGUGUGAAGAAUGUGAAAAGACAUUUUAUACAAAGGCAUCUCUACGUGCACACCGGCUGAGAAAAAAAAAGGUACGAGACCAACAGUGCCCUCAUUGUGAAAAAAUGUUUGAUAAACGAGGACUUAGGAAUCACAUACGAGAUGUACAUGCAGAUUCAAGCAAAUGGAUUUGUACAUUUUCUGGAUGUGAAAAGCGGUUCAAAUCUAGACGUUUCUUGCGGAGACAUAUCGUACGUCAUCAAGAGAUUAAACCAGAAGUUUGUGACUUUUGUGGAGUGUCCUUUGCCCAGAGAGGUGAGCUUAAAUCACACGUCAGAAGGAUACAUGGAGUACAGGAGUUAACAAAAAAGAAAAUUGAAGAUGCUGAUCGUGAUGAACGUCAAAAACGUCUUGUGUCCAUCGACGUGGAUCCAGAGAUGUUUGGUGAGGAAGGAUUGAAAACUAUCAGGAUGUAAAGUGUUUAAGGAUUGUUCUGUUGGGAAAAGCAAGUGUGUUUGGUUAACUACACUAUCAUUAAAAAGGAUGAAAUGACAACAAAGUAUUUUACAGACAAAAAUGGAAUAUAGUGCAAAAACUGUAAUUGAUUAAACACAGUUUAAAUAGUAUAGAUGUACCAUUAACAAGAAAAAAGCCUCAAGAUUUAUUUCAAUUGUUAUAUACCCUAACAUGCCCUUCUGUGGGGAAGUAAUUGUAAAUAAAAAGAAAUAAGAAAGUGA